UGUGCCGUUUGCGAUAAGGCAGUGUAUGCCAUGGAGAAACUUGAGGCUGAUGGCAAGAUUUACCAUAAGAAUUGCUUCCGCUGCUCUGUCUGCAACAAAGCCGUCAGCCUGGGUGGCUUUGCCGCAUUGGCCGGUGCUUUGUACUGCAAGCCGCACUUUAAGCAGCUCUUCAAGUCAAAGGGCAAUUACGAUGAAGGCUUUGGCCGCGAGCAACACAAGACAAAAUGGAUUCAACGUGAU